GGCAGUUGGCAGCAUGGUGACUCGUUUUCAGAACCGCGACUGAAUCGGUUACAGGCGUAUCGUAGCUUGCUUGGUCCGAGCGCGUUUCUUACGCACUCUGUAAAGGUGCUCUGCGCUGUGCGGUUUCGGGGAUUAGAGAGUUGGUGCUGGGAACGAGUUUGCUGCUGUGUGCUGUGUGUGUGAGCGUUCGCGCGCGUGUUUGUGGAUAACCGAUAGCGGAAGCGGAAGAGCGAGAAAGCGCCACAGGGAGAGAAAGAGAGAGAGCGAUCGCGAGAGAAGAGUGUUGGUUGGUUGUGGAGAGUGGUGCAUCGAAUUGCAAAGGAAAAAAAAGAAGAAAGAAGUGUACCGUGGUGCGAAAGGAUCAAAGAUCGAUCGAUACGGCCAGUAACGGUGGGGUGGCCGAUUUGCAGGACUGCGUAAGAGCGUAAGUGAUCGUCCUAGAAAAAAAGGAACCCGUCCGCACCCGGACAACAGACCACUGCCAACGUGUGCACAGCAUUAGACAGCAGCAGCAGCAGCAGCAACAGAAACAGCAGCAACCAUGGCGGACAAAAAGGUAGCGGAACAGUACUAUGCCCCACCGCCCAAGAUGGGCAAAUGGGAAGGAUUUAAGACGUUCCUGUGGAACAGCGAAACCAGCCAAUGCCUUGGCCGUACCGGAUCUAGCUGGGCGAAAAUCCUCUUCUUCUACGUGUGCUUCUAUGCUGCCCUUGUCGGAUUCUUUGCCGCGAUGCUGGCAGUUUUCUGGCAGACGCUAGACAUGCAGAUGCCUAAAUAUCAACUUGACAGUUCGUUGAUUGGGUCGAAUCCAGGUUUGGGCUUUCGACCAACUCCGCCAGAGUACCAGAAUGUGGAGAGUUCGUUAAUCUGGUACAGAGCCUCCGACAACGGAAACGUUGAGAUUUGGACCAAACUAAUCGAUGAAUUUUUGAAACCUUACACGCUAGAGGAAGAUAACCGCGUCGAUUGCUCGUUCGACAAUCCACCACCGGAGGGCAAGGUUUGCAAAGUUCCUAUGACUAACUGGUCCCCGUGCGUCAAGGAAAACCGAUACAACUUUAAGAAAAAGAGCCCGUGCAUAUUCUUGAAGCUGAACAAGAUCUACAAUUGGGUACCGGAUAUGUACAAUACCUCGAUCAACUUGCCGGAGAAAAUGCCCGACGAUCUUAAGGAACAUAUCCGUGGCGAGGAAGCUCGGGGAAAUAAAAACACUAAUGUGGUUUGGGUUUCCUGUGCCGGCGAAAACCCUGCCGAUAAUGAGCACAUCGGUGCCAUUCAGUAUAUCCCGCGUCGCGGAUUCCCUGGAUAUUUCUUCCCGUACAAGAACGUUGAUGGAUACCUGCCGCCUGUAGUAGCGGUCUACUUCGAAAAACCAAAGACUGGCGUACUCAUCAACAUCGAGUGCAAAGCCUGGGCCCGCAACAUCAUGUACGAUCGGGCUGAGCGAAGAGGGUCCGUUCAUUUCGAGCUGAUGAUCGAUUAAAUCGGUGGCUCGAACGUGGCAGUUUAAACAGCGAAUACCACCAGGGUCAUUUCGCACAUUUCGCCGGGCGCACGUGUUAUCAUCGUUUUUUGUAGGGAGCAGAAGGGUGCACCGAAGUCUGAUCGUCGGUACGCGUGAGAAGAUGGUAGUGGGGCAGAAGGCACAAAGCAGGCCUAGAAGUAUCGAAUGAGUUUACGCUAGCGUUAGGACAACCGCAGAACAAGCAGCAACCAGCAGCAGCAAAAUGUAGCGCGCAAGCAGUCACGUGGAGGAGCGUUGUUGAAGGCGCAGAACGUCGAAAUUGAACAAAACAAAAACAACAGAAAAGAAAACCAAAACAUUACGAAAACACCCAACUGACGAGCGUGCGAUACCAAAAAAUGCAAAAAGAAACAUUAAAAAAUCGUCGCGCUACGGAGGGCUGAAGGCGCGAAAAUCAAGGGCAUAUAUAAAAACACAUUGCAGUAGGCGACGGUAUGUGUGGCGUAACGUUUGAAUCAUUUGGCUAGGCAUUUUAUACUUUUCCUUGUACUUCAGCUACUAUCGGUUGGUGAAGAUUGUUGUAUGAUUUUGUUAUUGCAAUAGUAUACAUAAUACCCGCGUUAAAAAAGCAAAAAGAAAACAAACUAAUAAUAAAAGUAAAGGAUUUAAGACCAUCGUAAUAACUGUAGGUAAGUUGUACAGCUAAUUGCAAACAAAACAAGAAGAAAUCCCCGGAGGCAUUCCGCUCUCUGCUUGAGUCAAGUAAGUCAGGGCAAACCAAGCAAGCAAACAAAAUGAACAAAGCAAACCAAAACCUAAACCUGCGACACACCGAUACACGCGUUCAGGCGUACUCUACGGUAGUAAAAGGAGAGCGAAUGUGUUCUUUAGGUGCAGAUGCUAGAUAUAGUGACACAACUUUCCGUAUAAACUCCACCUACACCUCUUAAAACAGCAUAGCAUGAUCUCUGGCAAAAAGAACAUAGUACUAGACAAGGUAUAAGAAACCGGGUGACACCGCACCGAACGUAUGAUAAAGCAAAUGGGACAGGGUUCAACAUGUUCCCCCGUUUCGAUUGCCGUGUCGCCUCGCAUCUAUGUCGAUUCGCUUCUCGAGCCCCGAAAUAGUCUGCAAAUUGUAGAUCUAGUUGGAAGAAUUGCGUCAAGGAACCCGUACAUCAGCAAAAGAAGCAUCAACCAUGGAGCAAUGUAGUUUGUAUCACACGCUAAACUUUCUUCUCGUGCCGUACUCACACACAUACACACACACACACAACGUAUACAUGCUGGGCAAUGGCCAUAGGCCGUCGGGCCGGGUAAGGAUUUCACCGCCCUCGUUCAACGUGUACGAUGUACUAGGCAGCAGCUAUUGAAGAAUAAAAUAAAGUAAUAAAACACACUCAAAAAAAACAUAAAACGAACAAAUCAUGGAGGAUUUCUUUCAUCUUGAUGGCAAAAUGGUGUGCUAUCAUACGUAAUAUGGCGCGUUGCAUUACUACUGCAUGGCGUGUGUAUGUGUAGUAAGUAGCGUAAAGGAUAACAAACACCGACUCAAGUUGCGGGGCUUCGAUUUAAUUUAAGUAAAAAUACAACAAAAUCGGUCGCAAACGCUUGCAAAACAGACCAUUCGCCAGAUUUGCCAGUGUUUUCAUGUAGCGACCGAUCGUCACGAGACGUUCUAAUGUCCUAGAUCAAGCAAACCAUAACACAAAGUCAUAAAAACAAACAUGAAGGGCCUCUUUCUAUUCUUAUCACUCACUGCCCAAUGAAUAAGUUUAAAUACAAGAGAAGUAAUAAAGUAAAAGAAAUCGUAAACAACACACACACCCCCACACAAAUAUAUACAAAAACAACAAAAGCGAAGCGAUGUGAUGUGCGAGAGAUACGUUAAAAAAUAUGCAAAAACUUUGUUGAAAAAAAACCAAAAGGUGCAACGCGAAAAAUGCCAUCAGUUGUAUAAAAAUGAAAAAAAAGAUGCAAAGAAAAAAUCGGGACGAUGAUGCAAAUGCGAAAGUUAAAGUUGAAACUAAAACACAACUAUAAAUAGCGAAGCUAGAGUUGUAAACAGAUGUCAAAUUGAAAUGCGGCGUGUUUAUACACCUGCGUUACAUGUGUUAGUUCCGCGCGCAGGCUGUUUGUGUUCGCUGUGGUUGUUAUAGUCGCCAUUUUAACGAUGUUACACUUGACAUGAAUCGUGUACUAGGAUACUAUUUCGCGCGGACAGGUGUGCCCAUGCUGUAAACUAAACAUCAUUCAAGGUGUUUAUCUUCAUAAAUUGAAUUCUUUGGCCUUUACAGAGAUUUGUACUCGUUAGCACUUGGAACGUAAUGUACUGCUAGGCGUUGGGCUGGUUCUUUCACGUAUCUGAGCACCUGUGUUUUUCGUAAUCAGCAGUCUAUGAUUAAUCAUUCACAAAUCGAACACAUCUUUAACGUUUCAAACUCUCAGAUAAUCGAUCUACUAACACGUUAAUAUGCGUCACGUCAUCAAUUGUUUCGCGAAUUAUGCGCGUGUGUGUGUGUGUGUAUGUGUUUGCACUGUUUGUGAAGUUUCAGCAGCUGGAUUAGCAAGCAAGAUUGUGUAUUCUGUUAUUGUGAAAAAAUGUCACGAAAGCGUUAAAGCCCCGAACCGAUGUCGUCGAGUUUGGUGUGGGAAUGGAAAGUCGUGGAACGUUGCAGCAACGUUAAAUUUGCAAACCUUUACUACUUGGUUACCUAAGCCCAAGUAUACGUUAACUCCAAACAUCGGUUUUCGUAGUAAAAACAAUUAAAUUCCAACGAAACAUAACCUAUUGUUGCAAUUGGUGCAGCUUUCAAUCGGAAAAGAAGAAAAUCAUUCUUUGCAAACCAUCAGCAUCGAAUAAAUAUACGCAAAAAAGAGUUAAAAUUUAAAAUAAACGAAAAAAAACUCUGGUAUAACAUCAGUGGAGCGUAUAACUUAUCGAAAAAAAAUUGAAACUUGAAGCAACAUCAUAUAAACGCAUCACACCGUUAAGAAAGCGCAAAGGACUCUCCACACAAGCAGAAACAGAAAAUAUCCAACGCAUGCACCCACCCACAAACACACACACACACAUAGACGCUUAGUAAGAGGUGUUAGGGCGAGAGAGUCGUACAAUAGAACGUAAACACUUUAUGGGAGCUUAGGGCAUCUGUAGGAACACAAAUGAAAAUUACGAGUUAUAAGUAUUUUUUUAAGAAUAUAAAGUAUAAAACCAAAUCGAUCGAUCGAUAUGUGUACUGCACACCUACACACACACACACACACACACAAACACAUCCACUCAUCAUAUUGGCCGGGAUGCUCGUCGGAGUUCCGUGCGCCAUCCGUGUUGGUGGGAGCGUGCUUACUGACGGUGGAACCCUUUGUUUAGGUAGUAUAUUAUGAGCGCUCGGGAUGGAAAUGGCGUUACGAGCGGGAAGGGCUUAAGAAAUUAUUUAUUUAGGAUAGCAUUUAUCUCGUGUCCUGUUAAGUUUUUCGGUGCCAUGCAAUGGCCACCGGACUGUUUUUUCGCAUCGUCAUCGUCGUCGUUGUCGUCGGUCGUUCGUGUUUGUACGCGCGGCACGCUGCACGCAUAUACGCAUAUAUAGGUAUUACAUGUUUUCUCUACAGCGUGUGGUUAAUAGAAAUGCUAUGUUCGGAUUUGGUUUUCCUUCUUUUUAUGCAUCGGGUGCAAUGAAACCGUACAUCCUUUAUCUGCUCCAAAGAUUCUGUGCAUCUAGAAGCAGCAAGUCGAACACAUAGAUGUGGAAAAGCCAGAUGCAGCGUGUGUAGUUAUUGCGAACGCAUACGCGGGAAGAAAACUCGAAAGAGACGGCAAGCGAAAUAAAAAAAAACAUACAAAAGAAACAACCCUAAACAGAAUAUAGCGCUAAAUUUUAAUUAACAUUAACGUUACAAAUGGUAAAAGAAGAAUAAAAAAAAAGAAAACAGACGCAAACGCAGGAGAAAUAGAAAUCUCUAACUUAGUGAAAGAGAUGCUGAAGCAGAAAAAUCUAUUGUUAGUCGAGAAUAUUUACUAGGAUACCGAUGAGUUGAUGGCAUAAGUGAAGAAAAAACAAAAACCCACAAACCAAUUACACAUACACACACACACACACAUACAAAUAUACACAACCUACACGCAUACAUCCAAGACACAGAUGAUAAUGAAUAAAAACCUUCUAGAUAUAAACAAACAAAAAAAACAUGUCGUUGAAUAAUAAAAGUAAAAGUAAUACAUAAAAAAGCAGAAACAAAAAACAUGGGAUAGAACAGUGCAGCAAACAAAACAAAAACGCAGCAGUACACACAUCUUUACUUGCAAUACUUCACGCCCGAAGCACACGCCUAAACCGUGUGGCGCUAAUCUACAUGACCAUGACCACACGCAUCUCCUACACAUGCCACACAUAUAAACACGAGCACACAAAACACACAGAGAAAAAAAACACUCACACAUUAGUUUAAAUACCUGUCGCCGGGUAGUGUCGCUUUUCGAGCAUCGUGAAGAAACAACAGAGAAAGCAAAAUACAAAUCACGCAAAAUGAGCAAAAGUUUUGCAGAACAGAAAGAAAAACACCCCAAUACCACAUUACUUAAUACUAUAAAACUAUAAAACAAAAGAAAACCCAAUAAAUUGCAAGAAGAAUGAUAAAAUGACAAAAAAACAACCCAAAACGUUAGUAAUUGGAGAAACGAAACAAACAACAGAACAAAAAUAAAAGAGAUGAAAAAAAAACGAAAUCCAAACGCUUUAAGCGAGUGGCGUUUGUAAUGCAGCUUUUUGUUUCUUAAACACUCCAAUGAGGC